AUGCGAUCGUUUCCUACUAACAACAAUGCCGCAAACAAGCGACGUCUUAUCAGCUUCGAUGAAGAAGAUCUUGAAGCUGAUACGACUGCACCCUCUGAAGAAGCAGCUGGAAAACACGACAGAGGUGACCCUAAAAAGAUAAGCAAGUGA